ACCCCUGAGCGAGAGGCUGUUAGUAUCCCGUCCACACGCGAAGAGAACUGCAUUAAACCACUAAAUAACCUCUUUCACUUGGCGUGGCGAGCUGAAAACUACAGACUGCUGUAAAAAGGAGUUUUGACAUGCACUUACAGAAAUCGCCAAAGGAGAAGCCGUGUUACACGCUGCCCACAGUGAAGAAGCUCCUGGAGCAGAAGAGAAAGCGAGAGACAUCUUCAGCUCCUCCGUCCUGUGCCUCUGCGACAAAUAACGCUGUUCCUAUCCCAGCACCAACAUCAGAUACAUCUUCCACUGCAAACAGCAGCUUUUCAGACAUGACAUCGAUGAAGUAUGACCGGUGGGACGUAACCAUGCAGCCACACCCCUCUGCUUUUCUGGACUGCAACAACCUCCCAUCUAUGUGUCUGAAUUAUUUAACAGACCCUUCAGGUGGUCUCAACCUCCCACCUGCAGUUUAUAGCCCAUGCUUACCCACGGCAGACCCUCAGACCUCCAGCUAUACUACUCUUCCACUGCAGGACUGUCAGAGUGCACAGAUGCCACAGCAUUUUCAGCCCAGGACAGAGUGUCCUGUGACCGCAGCCAUGCCCGGUUCCAGCGCUGAUCACAGGACUCAGGGUUUAAGUGUUCCAAGCUCUGGUUACCUGUGGUCUUCUGGGCCCAGAGCAUCUACAGGCCCCUGCAGUAUGUCAGUUAGGCCCCAGAUGGACAUGGACAUGGCUAAGCUGGAAGAGGCACGGAUCUUCCUUCAGGCCAUGGAUUACAACAGAACCAUAUGGAAGGACGAUGAUGGAGACACAAUUCUGCACAUAUACACUGCUAAGGGCCAAAGGGAAUAUGCCUUUGCUGCAGCAGAGAGACUGAAGGAGCUUGGCACUUUGGAUACAAAGGAGCACAGGGGAAAGACUGCUUUGAUGGUAGCAGUGACGGCCAAUCAACCAGAGAUUGUGCAGGACCUGCUCUGUCUUGGAGCUGAUAUCAGCAUCUGUGAUAUCAAAGGUCAAACCGCACUGCAUCUGGCAGCCACAUAUGGCUUUCCACAUGUCAUGAAGGUUAUCCUCAGUAUGAAACACAGGGUGGACUUGGAGGCUCGCAAUUUUGAAGGACUAACCCCACUGCACUGUGCCGUGAUCUCUCACAAUGCCACAAUGAAGGCUCUUACUUCCACCUCCUCUUCACCCACUGCCUGGCUACCUGAGGGCGAUCUGCAAUCUCAAGCCAAAAAUAAACUGAUUUGUCUGCAGCUGCUACUGGAAGCAGGAGCUUCCCUUCUCAGGCAGGAAAUAAAAAGUAAUAAGACCGUACUCCAUCUGGCUGUGAAGGAGGGAAAUAUCCAGCUGGUGAAUUUUUUUUUGCUGAAAUGCCAGCUGCCAGACAUGCAGGCCUUUAUCAACAUGAAGGCCCACGGACACACAGCUUUGCAUAUGGCCGCAGGGUUACAUGGGAGCCCCUAUCAGGAGGAGUUGAUCAGACUGCUGCUUAGCAAAGGAGCCGACCCGAGUAUCCGCAACCUGGAGAACGACCAGCCCGUGCAUCUGCUGCAAAGUGGAGAACAAGGAGAGAAGCUCAAGCUCAUCUUAAAGAAGAAAAAUGCCUCUAGACGGCGAAUCACAUCCUUACAGGACCAAGAAUGACCAGGACUGCAUGCCAGUCCCAACAUGUCUCCCUUUAAUUCUUAUAGGGACUUCUCAUAAGCCUGCAUUCACUCAAGAAAAAUGACCCUGCAAAUUCUGUCUUCUACUUCUUGACUGAAUUUGGAUCUUAUUUUUUAUAAUGGAGUUUUAUUUGUAGUAUCUACUUAUGAGGUUUUUUUCAGUUCACUUGUCUAUUGUUAUAGAGUCAUGUUUGAUUUCUGACACAUUCCUUCUCAAUAGCAUUUCUAGUAAAAAAAAAUACUCAUGAAAAUGUGAUUUCUGUGAAAUCAUCUGAUGGGGUUUCAAGUCGAAAUUCCCACCGUUUUAUCAACCAUAUUGGUUUGGAAUAUUUUUAAUACACUACACUGUAUCAGUGUCAUGGUAUCUUGCUAAAAUAAAUCUAUUUAUUCUAUUUUUUUUUACUUAUGUGAUACAUAUAUGUAUUUUUUGCUAGUAUUAGCCUCAGGUAUAAGUUAUUUACAUGCACAAGCUCUGUUAGCUCUGUCGUGUUUACAGAGAGUAUAAGCAGAUCUCAUUUAUGGCAUGAAUGUGAGUGUGUUUUGAUGAGUCAUUAUUGGGGUAGAAAAUGUCAAGCUUUUGACCUCAGCAUGCCAAUCAUCUUCAGUUCAUACUGGUAAUGAUGUCAUUUACCUCAGCUACAUCACUAGUUUAACAUUUGAACAUAUAAUGUAACUGUAUUAUCUAAUGAAAUUGAUCAAGACAUCAGAAUUUGAAGUGAUUCUAAUGUUAAGGUAAAAAGACAGAGUGUAGGAAUAGCUCGGGGGAUUAUCUCAUGUGAAUCACUAAGUUUCUGAGACUGGAAUGCCUUGUGAUUCAAAUAAAGGGGAAAAACAUUAUACUGUCACUUCCUUGUAAGAAAUGUGUGAGCGUUUCAUGUAAUCAGAACACUCUGUAUUUGUCCUAUACUUUUUAUUUUAAUAAUGAUUUAAUAAUGACAAGACAUCAACACUGCAACUAAAACAAACCUCCUGUUUGAAUGUAAUACACUGACUAAAUAAAUUGUUCAAGGAUUGUUCAGCAAUGGCAUUAAAAUUUGCUGGUAAA